AUGCGACGAGGUCACUUUUCGCUAAAUGACCUCCCUGCCUGGUCUACUUUGAAUUGCGUUAAUUUUCUUGAUGUUGCAGUUGCUAAUAUCGAUGGCCGAGGCAAUGGGCUUAUAGCUAAGAAAGACCUGAUCAAUCCGGAGAGUGACUCGGAACCCUUAACGCUCCUGACAAUCCCAAAGGAGCUUAUUCUUUCAGCUGAAGGUGUAGAGGAGUAUGCUAAAGAGAAUAAAAAUUUCCGACAGCUUCUGGAUACAGCAGGUCGCCAAUCAGCUAGAGGAGAUAUAUUACUGUUUCUCUUAUAUCAACUAGUGUUAUCUUCCCCUGACUAUCAAGGUGGCCUGGGUCCAUCAACGCCCUGGACUCAAUAUUUAAGUCUCUUACCGUCACAUGUGCCGACUCCUACAACGUGGACUGAGUUAGAGCUUUCCUGCUUGAAAGGUACUUCGCUAGAGUCAGCGGUAGCCGCUAAACUGACCGUCCUAACUAAGGAGUUCGAUGAUCUCCGCGAAAAUCUGGCCGCCCUGUCGCAUUGGAACGAAAUUCUCUCGAUCGACGAAUCGAUCACCAUCCGAGACUGGAUCCUUCUUGAUGCCUUGUACCGGUCCCGCUCGCUAGGCUUACCUAAGUCUGGAGAAUCGAUGGUGCCUUGCCUCGAUUUAGUCAACCAUUCUAGUCGAGCCAAUGCUUAUUUUGAUGAGAAUAGUGAGGGCGAAGUAGUCCUUUAUCUACGUAAGGGGUGUGUAGCACCUGUUGGCAGUGAAAUUACUAUCGAUUAUGGUCAGGAGAAGUCGCCAGCAGAAAUGCUAUUUAGCUACGGCUUCAUCGACCCGAAUUCGGCCGCCAGGAGUAUAACGCUACUAUUGGAACCAUUAGAGGAUGACCCGCUUGCGAUACCAAAGCUUCAUGCUUUCGGUACACCGCCGAAAUUAAAGUUAGAAGAAGACGAGAGCGGUGUUCCGCACUGGACUGCCCCUUUUGUGUAUCUCAUGUGCUUGAAUGAAGAAGAUGGGCUACGAUUCAGAGUCUUGCAGGAGACAGACGGCUCUCGCCAUUUAAAAGUAUUCUGGCAAGAUAUCGAUAUUACGGACGUAUCAAAUACUAUGAAGGAUCUCAUUCGCGACCACGAAUUACACCAGAUAUUUGAACUACGGGCUGUGACCGUUAUCAUGGGUAUCAUUCAACAGCAACUCGAACAACUUAUUAGCACUCAAAAUGGAGACUCCGUGGUAGAACUGGCAAGCACAGAAGUCUACCAAGCCAUUUCGCAAUUGAGGUCACUCGAGACUAGCAUCCUUCAAAAGAGUAUACAGGUUUUGGAUGAGCAGAGGGACCAGCUCCUCCGGGAUGACACCGUGGUACAAUAUUUGACGAUGAUGGGAUCUGAUCAAAAUGACCCUGGUACCGACGCCGCCGCUGACGAAGAGGAGGACUUCAGCUAA